CAGAGCAGGUGUUUUUGUUCUGUUCAGUUGUUCACUAGUUGAAUUAUACACAGGGCUGUUGAGAUUUUUUAGUCAACUUAUAGAAGUGGUUAAUAUGUCUGAUUCUGAGUGAUAUGACGAGGUUGCGUUUCAAGAUUAUCGAUAAAACCCGAGAGGUUAGCUACUCUUGCUAGUGGGGCUAUGUUUUUUGUCAAAUAAUAAAUAAAUAAACAUACAAUGAACAACGUCCUGACGUUGCCCAUAAGGACAGUUGGUCAGAAAAUAGCAGCUGGAGAAAUUCGGCCCUCCGAACUGGCCAAAGCGGCAUUGAAAGUGACUUUGGUGACAAAGCCUUUGAACGCCUUCGUGACCGUGACCGCGAAGCUCGCCGAGCAACAGGCCUUAGAAUCUGACGAGAGGCAGAGGAAAAAUGGGCUUCUGGGCAGCCUCGACGGUGUUCCCAUUGCUGUCAAGGAUAAUUUUUGUGUUGCUGAUCAACCGACGACCUGUGCAUCUUUGAUGCUGGCUAACUUUGUGCCUGGCUAUGAUGCCACUGUUUACAAAAAGCUAAAGGCGUCUGGUGCGGUGCUCAUUGGGAAAACUAACUUGGAUCAAUUUGCCAUGGGUUCUGGUACCGUGGAUUCUUACUUUGGACCUUCUAAAAAUCUUUGGGGGUCGGAAGUCAUGAAAAACUACGAUUUUGAUGAUUAUUUUCAUAACAAAGAAAUUUACUGCCCAGAAGCACUAUCCAAGACUGACAACUGGAAUAUAGCUGGUGGCAGUAGUGGUGGUUCAGCAAUUGCUGUUUCUACAGGUUCUUGCUUUGCAGCCCUUGGUUCGGACUCUGGUGGUUCCACUCGUAAUCCAGCCUCUUACUGUGGACUAGUUGGUUUGAAACCCACGUAUGGAUUGGUCUCUAGGAAUGGUCUUAUACCUCUAGUCAAUUCGUUGGAUGUUCCUGGUAUUCUUACAAGAACAGUAGACGAUGCUGUUAUAAUGCUCAAUACCCUUGCUGGUCCAGAUCCACUCGAUUCUACGACUCUGAAAAAACCCUUUACACCUUUUGAGCUUCCAUCACCAUUGGAUAUUAGUGGACUCAGAAUAGGUGUUCCCAAAGAAUAUAAAAGUUCGUCCUUAACAGAAGAAAUGAGCUCCAACUGGGCUGAAGUAAGUCAACUGCUGGAGGAGGCUGGAGCUAGAAUACUACCAGUUUCUUUGCCCCACACAGAAUAUUCCAUUGUUUGCUACUCUGUCUUAAACCAAUGUGAAGUUGCUAGCAACAUGGCACGAUACGACGGACUAGAGUACGGCCACAGAGCAUACGAGAACACUUCUGUGGAAGAGCUCUAUGCCAAAACAAGGAGUGAAGGCUUUAACGACGUCGUUCGCAGUCGAAUACUUGCCGGCAAUUAUUUCCUACUGGCAGAAAAUUACGAAGAUUACUUUGUUCGCGCUAUGAAAGUUAGAUCACUGAUAGCUCAAGAUUUUGAAAAUGUCUGGCAGUCAGGGGUAGAUUUGCUACUAACGCCAACGACGCUCAGUGACGCACCGACUUACCGUGAUUUCAUAAGCGAGGACAACCAGACACAGUGCUCUGUUCAAGACUUUUGCACUCAGCCAGCUAACAUGGCCGGCAUACCAGCUGUCAGCAUACCAAUAAAACUGUCAAGGAGAGGACUGCCUCUGUCCCUGCAGUUAAUGGCUCCAAAGCUGUGCGAAGAGAGAUUAUUGGGUGUUGCGAAAUGGAUCGAAGACGUGGUUAAGUUCCCCAGACUAGUCAUCAAAGAAGAAAGCCUGAGAGACUAAAGGUUUUUUUUUUUUUUUUUCUUUUUGUUUAUUUUAUUGUAUA